UAUGCCCAAUUCUGAUACUGAAGUCAAGUUACUGAAGAUCACAAUUACUUUAUACAGCAUCAUUUUUGUUCUUGGGACUAUCGGUAAUGGAUUAGUCAUCUGGAUUGCUGGAUUCAAGAUAAGGUCAAUCAGCGCUGUGUGGUUCCUCAACCUGGCCAUUGCGGACUUCCUCUGCUGUGCUUCUCUUCCUCUGCGCAUUGCAGAGUGGAUUUACCUCAUCAUAUUUGACCAAAAUAGUGCAAUCUAUUGCAUAUUAAGCAUCAUUCUGUUCAAUCUAAACAUGAGCGCCAGUGUUCUUCUCUUAGUGGCCAUGAGUAUUGACCGCUUUGUAUCCGUCAUGUGGCCAUUUUGGGCUAAAGUUCAUAGGACACGAAAACUAGUUAGAAUCACUGCGGCAAUCAUUUGGGUGAUCAGUUUGCUCUUGACUGGUUUAGUGUUUUACUUAUAUGGGUUUUAUUUUCAUGACUUAAGUGAAUGGUGUGCCGUGGAAUAUUAUUAUUUAUUUCACAAUAACUAUAUAAUAAAAUGGACCAUUCGAUUAUUCAGGUUAGUUAUGAUGUUUGCAAUCCCCUUUCUCAUCAUCUUUAUCAGUAAUGUUAUCAUUUAUAUCAAAGUUAGAAAAAGUAAGAGAUCCCAGAGAUCUCGGAGACCCUACAGGAUCAUCACUGCUGUUAUAUUGUGUUUCUUUCUGUGUUGGUUUCCAUAUUACAUCUGGCCACUGAUACCAAUGUAUCACAAACGUUACAUUCAAUUCUAUACAGUAAAUAUUAUAAUUAUCAACCUGGCUUGUCUUAACAGUUGCAUCAAUCCAAUCAUUUAUGUUUUGAUGGGUCAAGAUUUUAAACCUGGUUUCCUGAGAUCUAUUCCCUACAGGCUAGAAAAAUCCUUUAUUGAACAUCCUAAUGAACUAUGCAGAGAACGAGAGGAUUGUGAACAUACUCAAAAUUCAGAUGUUUGAAAUAUGCAUCUUAAAGGAGUUUACAGCAACUUAUCUCAUUAAUGCUCCAUGAUGUAACUGUAUGUGUAACACCCCAGAGUGGUGUUACCACUUCUGCACCUGGCUACUGUCUUUAUUGGUCUAACCUCAUGUCAUCUUAUGCAUUUAUUCCAGGUCCUCCACACUGUGCAUUUCUAAUGUUAUGUAACUGUACAUGUAAUGUCGCUGGUUCACCAGCAGGUGGCAGCAAACACGGCAGAGCUAUAAUUAGAUAGAAUGGAAUAUUCCAUUCUAUCCCCCCCCCUAUAAAGAGAGGUGGGCGAGUCCUACUUCAGAAGUUCUAGUCAGUCUAGUUUACCCCCAGCUAGGGAAAGGGUGUGCAGGGGCAUGUCUCUGAUGGAUGUGCCCAUGUCAGCCAGAGCACCUUAAGCUCUGCUGGCCAAGGAGGCCAAAGCGUGAAGCCUCAGGAGCCAGGAGGAAAG